UUCUAAGAACCCUGACGUAGGCAGCAGGAGCGGGUAGCAACAGUUGCCUCGAGACCCCCGGCCGGCGCGCCAUAGUGACUGUAGUCGUGGAGACAGUUACUUACCAACGAGAGCAACACUCAGCAACAACAUCAGCAGCAGCGGAGAGAGUGGGAGAGAGAGAGAGAAAGAGAGAGAGAGAGUGGAGAAAAGAGAAAAGACAGCAGAUCUUACUAAACACAAGGGCAUCAUGCAGAACCCCGAGGGCGGGUCAGGGUCACUCCCCAGCAACCGCUGUGGCCAUACGGACGUCCACUUCAGCCCAAGCACCUGUCGUUCAGCCAGUCCCUCCAUCACAACAGCAACAGCUGUGGCCAUGCGGACGUCCACUUCAGCUCAAGCACCUGUCGUUCAGCCAGUCCCUGCAUCACAACAGCGAGUGUCAGUUCAGGCCACAGGCUCUUCCCAGAAGGGAGUGCAGGUGCAGCAGCUGUCUAGAGUGCAACAGGUCCCUCAGCAGGUGCAGCCGGUCCAGCAUACAUACCCCUCCCAGGUGCAGUAUGUUGAAGGAGGAGAGGCUGUCUACCCCAAUGGCACCAUCCGCACUGCAUACUCCUACUACACGGAAGCCCAGUUGUACGGGCAGGGCAGCACCUACUUUGACUCCCAGACAGGGGGGACGCAGGUGACCACGGUGGUUUCCUCGGCCAGCGGAGCAUCCCCUCACAGCAUGGUGGGCAUCACCAUGGACGUUGGUGGCAGCCAGAUCAUCUCCAGCGGCAGCGCCUAUCUCAUUCACGGCGGGAUGGAGGGCGGCCGGCACCUCACUUCACACUCCGCCCGAUCCUCCUCUGCAGCGCUUGAACUGGCGAUUGAAAACCUCCACAAGUCUGAAGGGAUUGCCUCUCACAAGAGCAGCCUGCUCAACAGACAUUUACAGUGGCUGCUGGAUAACUACGAGAUAGCAGACGGUGUGAGUUUGGCGCGGUGUUCCCUCUAUCACCACUACCUGCGCCACUGCCAAGAGCAGAAGCUGGACCCAGUCAACGCCGCCUCCUUCGGGAAGCUCAUCCGCUCAGUCUUUAUGGGACUGCGCACACGCCGCCUUGGCACCAGAGGGAACUCAAAGUACCAUUACUAUGGCAUCCGCGUGAAGCCUGACUCUCCUCUGAGCCGACUGCAGGACGACAGUCAGUACAUGGCCAUGAGACAGCAGCCUGUCCACCAGAAACAGAGGUUUAAACCCCUGCAGAAAGUGAGCAUGAUGGGUGACGGAAUCUCCGGCGGCUCUCAGCACUCCAGUGGCACGCCAGAGCAAAGUGUGGCCGCGCAGAGCCAGCACCACCAGCAGUUCAUAGACAUGUCUCAUGUCCUGCCCCCGUUUCCCUCUCUGGACCUGGGCUCCUGCCCACUGCCUGAGCGCAUCACCAUGAAUGAUGUGAAAAAGCUACAGAGCAUCUACAGGGACCACUGUGAGGCUACUCUGGAUGUGGUGAUGAAUCUGCAGUUCCACCUCAUAGAGAAGCUGUGGCAGACUUUCUGGUAUUCAACAGCGCCAUCUAGUGACGGCACCACCUCCAUCGUCCCCAACAGUGAUGAGGAAAUCGAGGGGGUGAUCCCCAGUGAGAAGCUGAUUGCUCUGUGCAAGUUUGAGCCAGUGAAACAGUGGAUGAGGAGCUGUGAUCACAUCCUGUACCAGGCGCUGGUGGAAAUCCUCAUCCCUGAUGUUCUGCGGCCCGUUCCCAGUACUCUCACCCAAGCCAUCAGAAACUUCGCCAAGAGUCUGGAGGGCUGGCUAACCUCAGCCAUGAGUAACUUCCCCCAGGAGAUUGUGCGCACCAAGGCUGCAGUAGUGAGUGCGUUCGCGCAGACUCUGCGCAGGUACACCUCCCUGAACCACCUGGCGCAGGCGGCUCGAGCUGUGCUGCAGAACACCUCCCAGAUCAACCAGAUGCUCAGUGACCUCAACCGCGUGGACUUCGCCAACGUGCAGGAGCAGGCCUCGUGGGUGUGUCAGUGUGAUGAGAGCGUAGUUCAGCGUCUGGAGCAGGACUUUAAAGUGACCCUGCAGCAGCAGAGCUCUCUGGAUCAGUGGGCUGCCUGGCUGGACAAUGUGGUGAGCCAGGUCCUGAAGCCACACGAGGGCAGCCCCAGCUUCCCCAGAGCCGCGCGCCAGUUUCUCCUCAAGUGGUCCUUCUACAGCUCCAUGGUGAUCAGAGACCUGACACUGCGCAGUGCUGCCAGUUUCGGCUCCUUCCACCUGAUCCGGCUGCUGUAUGACGAGUACAUGUUUUACCUGGUGGAGCACCGCGUCGCCCAGGCAACCGGGGAGACGCCCAUCGCCGUCAUGGGAGAGUUCAGUGACCUCAGCUCAAUGAUGCCCCCACUGUUGGAGAAAGAUGCCUCAUUCUCUGAGGAUAUCGGUGACCUCGGCAGCGACGGUGACGUAUCUCGGGGAACGUGUGAGCCUGCAAUAAAGAGCGAGAGAAUCGAGAUCAACCACUCGCUGCAGGAGAUCUGAGAGCCGCCCACCAAGACUGACCACUGCUCUGCCUGCACGGGCUCUGCUGUACCUGUGCAAGUGCGUGUGCGAGUGUCGGGUGGUGGGAUUUUAUCGAUCGUCCUCAGAUCCCACCGCCCUUGCUAGCGAGCUGCGUUUUAACACUGAUUUUCGUUCCUAACGCGUACAGGAGUCUAGUUUUGUCCAGAGAGUUUAUAGUAGUUAAUCUGCUUGAGGGUCUGUUUGUUUCCUUUUGGGUCCUUGGUUUUCAGCCGUGCCUCUCCGAGCUCAGAGGGAGCUCAGCGCCGUGUUUAAUGUGGGAUCUCCGUGCCAUAGUGUCCUUUUCAGUGCCUUAGAUGAGAGCAGAAAACAGUCGCUGUAUCCGGGCCGUGCCUGUACUCGCAGUAUGAAUGUAUCGUCUGAUGACCUCAGCUGUCUCCAGCACCUUCCCGCAGAGGCUGCAGGGCUGUCCUCCUGUAGCUACGGCUCCGUCCGCGCGUGCUCUGAUAUAAUGCAAGCCCACUAACCCAAAGCAGCCUUGCGUGCUUCAGCCCCACCAGCACUGCAGACCUCUUGCCGCCAUGGCAACCACAUGGACGGCACAUGUAUGUCGCUGUUUCUUUCUAAGACGAAAAGAAUUGUAUAUAAAAAGAAUAGAUAAUUACAAAUACGACACCCCUGGCCAUAUGAGAUGAGCUGUUGAUACCUCAACCACCGUUUCUAUGCUAACUUUCUGUAUUUCUGUAGUGUUGAUUUGGUCC